AUGCUGCCUGGCUCCAGCUUCAGAGUCAUCAAGAUGCCACCGCCGGUUCAUCCUGCAGGGGCUCUGCACAGCUCUGCUCAGAGGGAUGCAUCGGCAAUGGAGAUGGACUUCCAGGACUCCCAGCAGUUCAUCACUGGACGCACUGAUCGCAGCUCGUCAGAUGUUUCAGAGCUCGCACAGAAUCGCGAUCAGAGCCAGAUGACCGCCGUGGACAUCUCUUUGUCCCAGACGCCGCCCGCGACAGUGGAUACCACGGCCUCCACUGAGGCGGACGCCGGCACCCACAUGAUGUGCAGUACAUCGGACGAACGUUCUACGCCGCUUUCUUCAAACGAGCGCCAGCGCACUUCCGCCGGCCGGCACGUCAGCUUGACUCAAGAGGGGGCACAUUCCAACACCGGUUCGGUAGAGCAGCCUACGCAACAGGUGGCGGGACGGCCAGACGGUGCUGCCCUUGCCUCUCAUACGCCGCAUAAUGUGGCUGUACGACGGCGCGCUUCGGCAAUCUUAGAACUUGGGCAAGCACAAGUUGACGGCGACGUUUGGAUACCCCCCAGUGAGGUUAUAGAGACCGCGACAUCCAGGCGCUCCUCCGAGGAGCUGUCUCGCCAGUUGGGUGCUGCAAGAGCACGGAAUAUGUGCGCAGCGCUGGAAUCCUUUAGCAGUGAAGGCGUGCAGCUAUCAGCAGGUCAACUCAUAAGGAAACCGGGCUUCACACCUAAAACCAUUUCAUGGCAAGAUGAUAUUCCCCGAUGCUAUAAGGAUUCCAGCGGCAUAUCAUUGCUCGUCCAUCUACCAUCACUGCUUCUCGGCCAGUCACUCAACCAUGCUACUGAUGCAUUGAUUGCUUUCGCGAAACUGCAUCCGACCUCUCUUUCAUGUGGGGCUGGCGCGGACGCUCGAGGUCGUGAUUCCCAGGACGCGUAUCGCACAACACAAGGCCAUCUUGCCGGACAGCUGAAAUUAGUGAAAGCAUGGCACCAGAUCGGUCACCACACAGAGGCCCCCUCAGCCUCAGGCCACAUCUUCGACUCUGCCAAGCGAUAUCGGGACGCCUGCAAUUUGAUGCGCGAUCUGCGACUGAUCUCCGACCCCGUCGAGGCUGUGCUUCGUGCGGUUGAUCCUGCGCAGUAUGUAGCCAUGCAGGACUUGCGUCUUCGCCUAGAAGGUGCCUGCGCAUAUCUUCGAGGUCUCAACGCGAUAGACCCAAUCCCCUUCAUGGGCCGGAUUGUGGUUUUCAACCGGCAAACUCCGGCUCAUAAUGACAAGCGAGACCCUGCUAACGCUUGGACAUGUAUUGUUGCUGCGGGAGAUUUCAGAGGAGGCUCACUGCGCAUUUCUAAUCUCAACCUGACCGUCCGGCUUGAGCCAGGCGAUGCCGUUAUGCUCCGGGGGCAUGUCCUGAUGCAUGAGGUAGAGGACUGGGAAGGUAGCCAAAGGAUCUCUAUUGUUCACUUUACACACCAGUCGCUAUGGGACUUUGCCUCACUCAACUGUCCCUAG